AUGCGUCACUCUUCUCUACUAAACUUCCUCGUCGGAAGCAGCAUCCAUCUGCAACUUAUUGCUGCAGCUGACACGAGCGGCUGCGGUAUUGAGCGCGAUUUCGCCGGCCAGACGCAUACGGGCAAAAGCAUCGAGAGUAGUGGAGGCACGCGGACGUACGAUGUAUAUCUGCCUCCGAACUAUGACGAGAACACGCAAACACCAUUGAUUAUCUCCUACCAUGGAAACCACGGCACUUCGGAGAAACAGCGUGCGCUCGAUCGUCUGGAUAACACGACCUGGAACAACGACCACAUAACCGUGUGGCCGAACGGAGUCAACAAAUCCUGGGAAGGCCCCUCGUACGCAGUCGCCGGCGUCUCCGACAAAGUCUUCACCACCGACCUAAUCGCCCACCUGCGCACCCAAUUCUGCAUCGACUCGUCGCGCAUCUACGCAGUCGGAAAAUCCAACGGCGGCGGGUUCGUGGGCACACUUGCUUGUUCACCGGGCCAUGGCGAUGAUUUUGCUGCUUUUGCGGCUUGUUCCGGUGCAUUUUAUACGGAUGUCGUUGAGGAUGAGGAUGAUGGGUGUAGUCCGGCGAGAUCGCCGUUGCCGAUUAUGGAGUUUCAUGGGUCGAAUGAUGGCACGAUCCCCUAUCAACCAACCGAUGACGGCUCCGGUGGCCCUCUACCGCAAAUUCCGGACUGGCUCGCAGCAUGGGGCCAGCGAAACGGCUGUCCAUCGGACUACAAGCCGCAAGUCAGCACACUGCAAGGCCACGACGACACGCAGCAGACGCUGUACCAGGUGAACGGCACAGAUGUGGUCACGGGCUAUCUGAUCAGCGGCAUGGACCAUGACUGGCCCUCGACCACGCCAAACUCGGAUAGCGAGGCCCACGGCGACGGCCCUGUCAGUAUUGACGCGACGCCUAUGAUUCUGGAUUUCUUCCGGAAGAACCAGAAACCCUAG